GCUCCCGCGCGGAGUCCCGCCGUGCCCGGCCGUGUCCCGCCGUGCCGAGCCGUGCCGGCCCCGCGCCCACCGCCGCCCGCCACUUGGAUGCCCGCUCCGCUCUCCGCUCUCCGCGGGCGCACCGGGCAGGCUGGAGUCCCCCUCCGAGCGCUGACACCGCGGAAACUUCGCUCCCCGCCGCGUCCCGACGCUGUCCGCCUUUAGUUCCCUCGAAAACGCCUCCAACUCGCCUGAAGCCAUGCCCUGUGUUCAGGCUCAGUAUGGGUCCUCGCCUCAAGGAGCCAGCCCGGCCUCUCAGAGCUACAGUUACCACUCUUCAGGAGAAUACAGCUCCGAUUUCUUAACUCCGGAGUUUGUCAAGUUUAGCAUGGACCUCACCAACACUGAAAUCACUGCCACCACUUCUCUCCCCAGUUUCAGUACCUUUAUGGACAACUACAACAGCAGCUACGACGUGAAGCCUCCUUGCUUGUACCAAAUGCCCCUGUCCGGACAGCAGUCCUCCAUUAAGGUGGAAGACAUUCAGAUGCACGGCUACCAGCAGCACGGCCACCUGCCCCCCCAGCCCGACGACGUGAUGGCCCAUUCGGGCUCCGUCUACUACAAGCCCUCGUCGCCCCCGACCCCUUCCACGCCCAGCUUUCAGGUGCAGCACGGCCCCGUGUGGGACGACGCCGGCUCCCUGCACAACUUCCACCCCAACUACGUGGCCACCACGCACAUGAUCGAGCAGCGCAAAGCGCCCGUCUCCCGCCUCUCGCUCUUUUCCUUCAAGCAGUCCCCCCCCGGCACUCCCGUCUCCAGCUGCCAGAUGCGUUUCGACGGACCCCUCCACGUGCCCAUGAACGCGGAGCCGGCCGGCCCCCACCACGGCGUGGACGGGCAGCCCUUCGCCGUGCCCAGCCCUAUCCGCAAGCAGCCUCCCAUGGCCUUCCCCGGGCUGCCGCUGGGCCACGCGCCGCAGCUGCUGGACAGCCAGGUGCCCUCGCCGCCCUCGCGGGGGUCCCCGUCCAACGAGGGGCUCUGCGCCGUCUGCGGGGACAACGCUGCCUGCCAGCACUACGGCGUGCGCACCUGCGAGGGCUGCAAGGGCUUCUUCAAGCGCACGGUGCAGAAGAACGCCAAAUACGUGUGCCUGGCCAACAAGAACUGCCCGGUGGACAAACGCCGCCGGAACCGCUGCCAGUACUGCCGCUUCCAGAAGUGCCUGGCCGUCGGCAUGGUGAAGGAGGUGGUUCGCACAGACAGCCUCAAAGGCCGGAGGGGUCGCUUGCCAUCCAAACCGAAGAGCCCCCAGGAGCCCUCUCCCCCCUCUCCCCCGGUGAGUCUGAUCAGUGCGCUGGUGAGAGCCCAUGUCGACUCCAACCCGGCUAUGACCAGCCUGGACUAUUCCAGGUUCCAGGCUAACCCCGACUACCAGAUGAGCGGGGACGACACUCAGCACAUCCAGCAGUUCUACGACCUGCUCACCGGCUCCAUGGAGAUCAUCCGUGGCUGGGCGGAGAAGAUCCCCGGCUUCACCGACCUGCCCAAAACCGACCAGGAUUUGCUCUUCGAGUCUGCCUUCCUCGAGCUCUUCGUGCUGCGCCUGGCAUACAGGUCGAACCCCGUGGAGGGGAAGCUCAUCUUCUGCAACGGGGUUGUCCUGCACCGGCUGCAGUGCGUCCGAGGCUUUGGGGAAUGGAUCGAUUCCAUCGUUGAGUUUUCCUCCAACUUGCAGAACAUGAACAUCGACAUCUCGGCAUUCUCCUGCAUCGCUGCCCUGGCCAUGGUGACAGAGAGGCACGGGCUCAAAGAACCCAAGCGGGUGGAAGAGCUGCAGAACAAGAUAGUGAAUUGUCUCAAGGACCACGUGACUUUCAACAACGGGGGCCUGAAUCGCCCCAACUAUUUGUCCAAACUCUUGGGGAAGCUCCCCGAACUCCGCACGCUUUGCACGCAGGGGCUGCAGCGCAUUUUCUACCUGAAACUGGAGGAUUUGGUGCCACCGCCAGCAAUAAUCGACAAACUCUUCCUGGACACUUUACCUUUCUAAGACUCUUCCCGUGCACUGACGCUGAACUCGAGGAACCUUCGCCCGUCGGAAGGGGACUUCAGCUGGGCACGGGGCAGCGCGCGGGGCGGCACGGCCCCCCAGCCAGCUCUGAGCCUCCUGCGGGCGGAGCGCGACGGGGCGUUUGGCUCUGGGGCACCGUGGAUGCGGCUCUCGGACUUCCCGAAUCCCAUGGUAUAAACUUUUUAUUCUCGGCUUAUAGAUGAGGUUAUUAUUGAGGACUUCUGGUUAAACAGACGAAGCAAUCUGGCGACGCCGGGCGCGCGGCUCAGAGCGAGAGGGGCAGCCCACGCGCUGAGGGACCCGCGGGCAUCGCCUCCUAAAGACUUAAAGUUUUCUGCUGUAAAAGAAAGCUGUAAUAUACACAGAUCCUAAAUGUUCCGUGGGUGGCAUGCCAGGAAGGAAGGGAAAGGCUUGUACAGUUAUCAGACGCCGUUUGGCUUUUCUGCAAAUGAACCCGUGCCUAGUCAUGAAUCUAUAUGGGAACCAAUUCUAAAGAAUUAAGAAAUAAAAGCUAAGCGUGUUUGGGGGGAAAAACACAUGAGAAAAGAGAAGGAAAAGCGAAUGGCUCCGUGCGAGGGGAGCGUGACGACCCUAAGGUGGCAAUGUUAUAGGCACUUGCUAUUCAGUAAUGUCUAUAUUCUAUAAAUAGUAUUUCAGACACUAUGUAGUCUGUUAGCUUUUAUAAGGACUGGUAGUUCUCUGAGCUUCAAACGUUUUCUCAGUUGUAAAAUAGGUGGGCACAAAAGUAUUACCGACCCCGAAACCCUCGCAGAGGGACUCAUAGUGUUUGUAAGCACCGUCCACACCCCUUGUUUGUAAGUGUUGUAUGUACUGUUGAUGUUGAUUAAAAGAAAAGAAGUUUAUAUCUUGAUUAUUUUGUUGUCUAAAGCGAAACGAACUUUGCAUGCAGCAGCUUCUGGCCGUUUCCAGAGCGCUUAUAAUAUACAUCGCUCCCUGGAAAUUACUGAGCACUUUGAAUUUUUGUUCUGUUUUGUUGGUUAUUUUCUUUUUUUAAUGUCUAAAAGUCGUCGGUUAAUAUAUUAUUUUAUGUUGGAGUAAUAUUUUUAAUAUUGCCAUAUACUGUAGUAUUUUUUCUUUGUAUAUUUCCAGUAUGGCACACGAUACAGAUCACUGCCUUUUUUUCUAUGGUGUACAACAGUUAGAAACGCGGAUUUGUUUUUUUUUUUCCCCUAUAACUCUUUCUUUGAGAAAGACAAUUUUAAUGUUUACAACAAUAAAACGUGUAAACGAACAGAAUCUCGUCUUCUUUCUGUCCAAGUGAGAAGCAGCAGCGCCAGCACCCAUUGCAAAUAAAGGACAAUAGACUGACAAUGUAGUAAUAAACCGCACAGGAGAAUGGAUGGGGCGGUUUCGUUUCAGUAACGCGCGGCGGAACGCAGCGGCUCUGCGGGAGGAGGAGGAGGAAAAGCCCGCACCGAGAGGUUGGUCCUCGCGCCGCUUUUUGUCCUCGUUCGGAGAGCUUUGGCUCCUUCGGCCGCUUCGGCACCGCCGGGCUCCCGCAACGCUCUUUGCGGUCCGUUUGGGGUGCGCAGCGCAGGACGGGGCGGCCCCGGGGGGGUUCGGUUCGGUUCGGUUCCGCACCGCAACGCCUGCGGGUCCCGGGAAGCGCCGCUCCGGGGAAGGCGAACCGCAACGGGCUUUGUGGGAAUCAAUUGCGGUCAGCGGCGCGUUAGGAAGGAACUUCCCGGUCAGUUCAGGGGCUGCAGAAGGAGGCAGCGAUAGCGGCCGUGCCCUCCGUCGGCUUCAGCCCGGAGCGGCGCCGGGUGCCGCGGGACGCGGCCGGGGACCGACGGUCCGUUCCGGGCUCGGAGCUGGCGGGGGAAGCUGGGGAAUUCGGGGAACUUCCGCCUCCUGCGGCGGGGAUAAACGAAACGGCCGCCGGAGCGCCGCUCCUCCAUGUGCCACCGACUCUUUGCGGCGCUCCUCGCGGCCGCGUGCUCGACCCCCAACAGCCCCGGGAGGCGGCAGCCAGAGGG